UAUCUUUAAUUUCUAUCGUUUGUCGAUGGGAUUUGUACGCUGUCCCUCUGAUGUCUAGCGCCCUUCGGCUACCACGCGGCGAUGCGACCGAGCGGUGAUAAGCAUCAGGCAGUGCCGAAGCGAUAACAACCACGUGCAUUCUACCGAGCCCCCUAGCGCAUUUUUUUGGCGCGCUCAUGUUUGACGCUCGGUCGAAGAACAAAGGCUAAAGAUCUCUCGUCGCCGUCGUAAUAUGUAUGAGCGCGGUCGGCUUUCGGCCUGAGCGGUCGAUGGGCAGUUGGAUAGUUCGAGCCUCGCUUAGCACGCUUACCUUCCCAGGUGCUGAAGUUUUGAUAUUUUCCGUUGUGUUUCAUGUUGACGUAUGCGAGCGCAUGUGCUAAGUUCACGCCAAGUUUUCGUCCGCUUCCCAAGGACAAGCACACUGUGGCGAUGGAAUCCUGCUGGAGCCGAUGCCUGCCGGCGUCCGUCAACAGGCAGCUGUUGCCGCUGAAGGCCCACUUCUUCCUCUACCUCGCAGGACAAGCAUGCGUGUCUCCGUACCUGGCCGUGAUCGGGCGACAGAUAGGAAUCAACGCUGCCAUGAUCGCUGUCAUCUUCUCCCUAACGCCAUUGGCCGCCGUCAUCGUAAAGCCUCUGUGCGGAUUUGUCAUCGACCGGACGCAAAACGCCACUGCCGUCAUCGUCUUCCUUCAAGCCAUCAUGGUCGCCUCCCAUGGGGUUGUUUUCUUCAGCCCAAGCAUCAAGGUGCACACCGAUAGUUCGUUCGCCGGUUACAUAAACUGUAACACUAGUCAGCUGAUGGUGUCGAACGCAAGUUUGGCCUCUUGCGUUGUCUCCGGGGCUCGCGAGAGCGCCCCGAUUUCCUGCAACCUAACAGUGAUUGCAGAUGACUAUUCAGUGAACGUCAACGUCACGAGUGCUUCGGACAUCCUGGUCAACUUAAGUGACGUGUCCAAGAUAUGCAUCAAUGUGUCGGUUAAUGCCAGUGACACUUAUGCCGCCCUGCGUUGUCCAUGCGAUGCCACUCCGUACGAGGGCAACUUCUGGAUCUACACCAUUUCGGUCGUCAUCGCUUGGGCGUCUGCGGUAACCAUGUACACCGUCACGGAUGCUGCCGUCUGCGAGCUGCUGGGUGACAACGUGAACGCUUUCGGGCGCCAGCGUCUCUGGGGCACCGUCAGUUGGGGCGUUGUGAGCCCCCUGAUAGGAUUCAUGAUCGACGAAGCCAGUGACUCUUCCUACACCGACUACAAGCCGGGCUUCUAUCUUUUCGCGGCCAUCAUGGCUUUGAACAUACUCCUCAUAUGCUGCAUGCCCCGCUUGCGUACGGCAGACUUGUCCGUGAACUUUCUCAGAGACAUCGCGAUCCUGUUCUGCGACGUCGAGAUCGUGCUGUUCACUGCGUGGACGUUCAUAGUUGGCGCUCUCAUGGGUGUCGUCUGGUGCUUCAGCACAUGGUACCUGGAAGACCUGCAAGCCUCUAAGCUGAUGAUUGGCCUGACCAACACGGUGAUGAGCUUGUGCGUGGAGGUGCCGCUCUUCUUCGUCUCCAAGACAAUACUCGAGCGCGUCGGGUACUUCUUUUCUUACUCGGCGGCCUUGCUGGCGUUGUCAAUCAAGUUCAUCGGCUACUCAUACCUUGUCAACCCCUGGUAUGGGCUCAUCGUGGAUAUCGUGGGCGGCGCCAUCUUUCCUCUUGCCUACUGCGCCAUGUGUGUGUUCGCCAAGCGGGCGGCUACACCUGGGACGGCUGCUUCGAUGAUGUGCAUCUUGGGCUCGACUUUCGAAGGUCUCGGCGUCGCCGCCGGAAACCUGCUGGGUGGAAUGAGCAUCGACAAAAUCGGCUCCCGUCUGACAUUCCGCUACCUUGGCUACUCGUCGGCCGGGUGUGCAAUUCUGUGCACUCUGACCUACCUGUGUCUUCGGCACAUAGGCAGUGGCCGUUUAGACUCAUCCUGCAGGGGCUACUCCCCCAUCGGAGAAGCUCGGCCUGACUGCCAUCAAGGACCAGGAUGCGAUGAAGAACGGUAGCACCCGCCUGUCCGACAGUACUGCCAACAACGAAUGCGCCGAACACACGUACUUCUGAGAAUUCCCCGGUUGCUGCGCACUGCGCUACUCCCCAGCACAGCUGCAAAGAGAUCUCCUACCGCUCAGUCAUUGCCCGCACAGGGACGUUCUUCGAGGACACUACAGGACCUUACUCUUACUCAGUGGCAAUCGACCCUGCCAUACCAACGGCUUCUUAACCAUUGGGAGGCUUGUAGACCUGAACCUUAGAACACUGCAGGGGUGUAUGUGUCACAUGCCUGUGCUUUUCAAGACAUGCCUUACAAUGCUGAUAAGUUUUGGCAUAAGGUACUAUGUGACGAUGCAGUGCAUUAACGUUGUCGAUAGAACACUCUGCGCGAAGUGUCAGAAAUAUCGGCAGUUGCGGCUUGAGUCGAGCAUGGUCAUUUCCACUAUCUUAAAACGCUUUUAAGUCUUGUUUGACUUCCGCGCACAUAGAUAAGGUGGCACAAGUUGUAAGCAUCUUCAAGAUGUUUUAAGUUAACCUCAUGGAAUAAGCAUUGUCUUUUCAUGGUUCUACCACGGCCGCUGGAUUUAAAAAAAAAGAAAAAAAAAAGGUGAGGCCUGCCGCGUGCAUCGAAAACGGUGUGAUCCGCCGUGGCGCCACACGCCAGGGGCUGUUGUCUGGCAUUGGCAUAGCAAAUGCGUCAGGAACGCGCUUGGAAGGCCGUCGCGCGUGCAAGCUGACGCGUUCCAACCCCGUCAGCUAGCGCCGUUCGGCCCAGCCAAGCGGCCGACAAUGCAACUACGGCCGUCACGUUCGCUCCCAUAGCAGCGCGCCCGACGCGGCAGGCCGCAACUUUAUUUUUUAUCCAGCGGCCAGUGGUUCUACAUUGACAUUCAAUGUAUCUUCUUCCAAUUGUAUUUCCUGAACAAUGGUGCUCCUCAGCAAAAGUUCAAUGAAACCGUCCUUUGAUACAACUGAUGUAAGCAAGAGAAAUACGCCAUUCGUUCAAGAAAUGGCUAUCGCCUUUGUUUGGACUUCCGUGCGCUUACAAACGACGCCGCGCACGAUAUUUCACUUGUUUAUCGUUGCAAUCGCAGUGUUAUACUACGCGUUUUCAUAUUUCAAAAGCUGCGAGUUUUCAUAAAGCGCGCAUUUUCAUAUAAAAGCGCGCAGCUUUUGAGGGUAGUGACGGUUACC